UAAUGUAAGACACGACUAACUGUCAAAGUCAAAAUUGUUGCAGUUUUGAGAUAAUAUUGCUGUCAUUAUUUACGAAAUAUUAAAAACUAAUAUAAUUUUUUACAAAUUUCAUUAUUUUUCGUCCUCAUGGGUUCCUCCCAUAGUACAGAAGUGCCAGGGGGUGGAUCAGAAGGUUAUCAUAUUUUGCGGGUACAAGACGGUUCUCCAGGACAAAAGGCAAGACUUGAAGCAUUUUUUGAUUUUAUCGUCGCAAUAGAAAAUACUAGAUUGGAUCAAGACAAUGACACAUUGAAGGAGUUGUUAAAAAAGAAUGUUGGUAAUUCUAUAAAAAUGCUUAUAUAUAGCAGUAAAACUCAGUCAGUUCGAGAACUAACGAUUACUCCUAGUGAUAACUGGGGUGGUCAAGGCUUGCUUGGUGUUAGUAUACGAUUUUGUUCAUUCGAGGGGGCCAAUGAAAAUGUGUGGCAUGUAUUGGAAGUACAUCCCACUUCUCCAGCUGAGUUGGCUGGUCUUCGACCAUUUUCUGACUACAUAAUUGGGGCAGACUCUAUUAUGCAUGAGAGUGAAGAUUUUUUCACUUUAAUAGAGGCACAUGAAGGUCGAGCUCUUAAGUUAUAUGUUUAUAAUGUCAAUGAUGAUACAUGUAGAGAGGUCCAGAUUACACCCAAUCACAACUGGGGCGGAGAGGGUAGUUUAGGUUGUGGUAUUGGUUAUGGUUAUCUCCAUAGAAUACCCAUCAGAAAUGUACCACAUUCUGCUCCACAAAAUAUGCCUGUUAUGACUUCAUCACCAAAUCAAAACAUACAACAAAAUAUCGUGUCUGGUGUUCAAAAUUUAAACAUAACCGAGGAAAAAACUCCUUUGGUUAACACUUCACAGGUGUCACAUGUACAAAUGGAACAUAACACUAAUGUCCCUCCACCAUUUUUGUCUGGUGUUCCAAUGGUGAAUCCAGUUACUUACAAUACUGGAGUACCACAGUCAUUUUCACAAGAGCAAGUUGUCACUCAACCAGUGACCCCACAGCAACCAGUUUCUCAGGCACAGUCAGUUGUAUCCAAUAUGGCUGCUUAUUCCAGUAAUUUUGCAGAUGCUACAUUGACCAACUUAGGAAGUAUACCAUCUGUAUCUAAUAUGCAACCACCAGCUCCAUUACCAAGUUUGCCUGGCAUUCCAAUGAACCAACCUCAGCCUUAUAUACCAAUGAUGCCUAAUUAUAAUCAGCCACCUGUUGCAGUUUCACAAUCAACUCCUUAUGCUCAAAAUAUACCAAAUUUAGUUCCAACUUUUAAUAUGAGCAAUUUUCCUCCUCCAAUGCAACCACCACCUAUAUCUAGUGGUAUUCCUGUAGUGACGCCUGUCUCAUUACCAGGAAUGCCGCCAUUAACAGUUAGUGCUACAUUGCCUGUAUCUACUAUGAAAGAAAUACAUCAUCAACAAUCAUUACAACAACAGGAUUUAUUAUCGUGAAAUUAAAUUAAAAUUGUUGGCCUUUAAAUAUUAUUGUUAAGCAGAACAUUCAUUUAAUUGCUAUUUAAUUUUGUAUCGUUAUGUUCUGACCAUGUACAAUAAAUACGAAUUUCUCAUGUUUAUUGUUAAUGCUAUAUAUUUUGUGCAAUAUGUAUACAUGUUUAAUUCUACCAACUGAUUUUUAAUUGAAUUCAGU